CAAAUUUACAUCAAACCCGAGACCACAUUCCUCUCACCGGUCAACACUCUUUGACUCGCCGCCGGCGAGCUAAUACCAGUAGAUAUGAUAGCUCCUCACGUCGUUCUCUUCCCGUUCAUGUCCAAAGGUCACACCAUCCCAAUCCUCCACUUGGCCCGCCUCCUUCUCCACCGCCGUGUCACAGUCACCAUCUUCACCACUCCGGCGAACCGCCCCUUCUUCUCCAAGUCCCUCUCCGACGUCGCCGGCGACAUCAUCUCUCUCAUUGACCUUCCCUUCCCGGAAAACAUCGAUGGCCUGCCGUCCGGCAUCGAGAGCACCGAUAAACUCCCAUCCAUGUCACUCUUCCCCACCUUCGCCGGCGCCACCAAGCUGAUGAAACCCUUUUUCGAACGGGAACUGGGGAACCUCCCGCCGGUUUCAUUCAUGGUCACCGACGGCUUCCUCGGCUGGACUCUGGACUCCGCCAACAGCCUCGGAAUCCCCCGGCUGGCGUAUUACGGUAUGGGCUACUUCGCCAUGACCGUCUCACGAUCCGUCGCCGUUUCCGGACUUCUGGUGAAAACAGAGGACGCCGACGAGCCGUUCGCCGUGCCGGAUUUCCCCUGGGUUAGUCUUACAAGGAACGAUUUCGAAUCCACCUUUCAGGGAAGAGACCCCGACGACCCAUCUUUCCGGUUUUCAAUGGAGCAGAUCGCCGCCACCAUGAACAGCCAUGGUUUAAUCGUUAACAGUAUCUAUGAGCUCGAAUCCGAUUAUGUAGAAAACUAUAACCGGAACGGUGUGCCAAAAUCAUGGACCAUCGGACCCCUGUGCUUGGCGGAGCCAGAAACAGAGAAGUCGCCGGAGAAUCAAGAAAAGCCAUCUUACAUGAAAUGGCUCGACGGACUUCUAGAACAGGGGAAGUCGGUUUUAUAUGUGGCGUUUGGGUCUCAAGCGGAGAUAUCAACGGAUCAAUUGAAGGAGAUAAAGAUCGGGUUAGAGGAAUCCAAAGUGAACUUCUUGUGGGUGGUUAGAACGAAAGGGUGUGAUCUCGUGUUCGAGGACAGAGUGAAGAACAGGGGAAUGAUUGUGACAGAGUGGGUUGACCAGAGGGGGAUUCUCGGCCACCGGAGCGUGAAGGGGUUUCUCAGCCACUGCGGGUGGAAUUCGGUGCUGGAAAGUGUAUGCGCGGCGGUGCCGAUACUAGCGUGGCCGAUGAUGGCGGAGCAACACCUGAAUGCGAGGUUGGUGGCGGAGGUGAUCAAGAUCGGGGUGAGAGUGGAAACGUGCAAUGGGUCUGUUAGAGGGUUUGUGAAGUCGGAAGGUCUGGAGAAGGCGGUGAGGGAAUUGAUGGAAGGAGAGAGUGGUGAAAAGGCGAGGAAGAAGGUGAAAGAGAUGAGUGAAUCCGCCAUUAAUGCCAUGAAAGAAGGUGGUUCAUCCUGGCUCAAGUUAGAUGAGCUCAUUAACAACUUUUGCCCAAAAAGGCAAUUUUAGAUGAAGCAUCUGAUUCUAAUCAUUCUGUUCCUGUACUUUUUAAACUUGACAUAUUUUGUGACUUACACGAGUAUGUAUUUAUCUUCAUCAAUAAAUAAGCUUAAAAAAUGAUGAUCCACUCUUAUACUCACUUUUGUACAAACAAAAAGAAUACUUCACAAACAUGAUGAUUAUAAUGUGGAUAUAAGACUGAAUACAUCAAACAUUGUUGAAU